GAGAGAGAGACUGACAGAGAGAGAGAGAGAGAGAGACGGACAGAAAGAGAGAGAGACGGACAGAAAGAGAGAUGCUUUGUGUGUUGACGGUGCUGUGCUGGUCGUGGGCUGUGUUGGGGCACGGGCUGCAAAAGGACUCAUCGGGGGUAGGACUGUGCCCUUCUCCGUGUCAGUGUGAGGAGGAUGGUAUCUUUGUUCUGGCGGACUGUUCUGAACUGGGACUAACAGCUGUACCUGCCAACCUCAGCCACCUAACUACUUACCUGGAUCUUAGCAUGAACAGCAUCAGUGAGCUGCAGCCCAGAGUCUUCCACAGCCUGCACCUACUGACAGAACUGCGUAUCUCAGGGAAUCAGUUAAGAUACAUCUCUGGCCUCGCUCUCCACGGUCUACACAAUCUCAAAGUGUUGAUGCUUCAGAAUAAUCAGCUGGAAAGACUUCCCAAUGACAUUCCAUGGAAUCUACCCAACCUGCUGUCCCUGCGUCUGGAUGCUAACCUGUUAUCUGAGGUGCCUGCGCGGUCACUAGGUGGUCUUAGGUCUCUACGACACCUGUGGUUGGAUGAUAACAGUCUAACAGAGAUCCCUGUCUCUGCUCUGGACUCUCUGCCGGCCCUACAGGCCAUGACCCUCGCUCUCAACCACAUCACUCACAUACCUGACCACGCAUUUAGCAACCUGUCAUCACUGGUCGUACUUCAUCUCCAUAACAACCAGAUCCAGACGAUGGGAGAGAGGUGUUUCCAAGGUUUGCUCAGUCUGGAGACACUGGAUCUGAACUACAAUAAUCUACCAGAGUUUCCUACAGCCAUCAGGACCCUGGCAAAACUUCAGGAACUGGGGUUCCACAACAACAACAUCAGAGCGAUCCCUGAGAGAGCCUUCAUGGGAAACCGGCAACUACAGACCAUUCACUUCUAUGAGAAUCCCAUCCAGUCCGUGGGAAGAUCCGCUUUCCAGUUUUUACCUAAGCUCCAUACACUCUCCCUAAACGGGGCGACCCAGAUACGAGAUUUCCCCGACCUGAAAGGAACCACUAGCCUGGAAACACUGACAUUGACCAGGGCUGGUCUCUCUACUCUUCCUCAGCGGUUGUGCCUGCAGCUACCCCGCCUCAGAGUACUCGAGCUGUCUCAUAAUCAGAUAGAGGAUCUACCCAGCUUCUAUCACUGCUCUGCCCUGCAGGAAAUAGGCCUGCAGUAUAACAACAUUAGGAGGAUUGAGAGGAAUACCUUCCAGCAGCUCAGCUCUCUACGGUCUCUAGAUCUCAGCUUCAACAGUAUUGAGUGGAUUCACCCUGAUGCCUUCAUUUCGUUCCAUUCUCUGACCAAGCUGGACCUGAGUGAGAACGGUCUGACAUCACUUCCUGUGGGUGGUCUGGGAGGACUGACCCAUCUGAAGCUGAAAGGAAACAUGGAGCUCUAUGAGGACUUCAGCCCUGAACUCUUCACCCGCAUGAGGUAUGACCCCUAACUCUAACACCUGACCUCUGUCACUCAACCCUAACCCUUCAGCCCUG